GCUGCCGGUACAGUGAUCAUCAUCCUCACCCUGAAGACACAGGAGCAGCAAUAUCUGAGGAGCAGCAGCGGUGGGGGGAUCGGAGCUGUCACGGUCCAUCCCAGCAGGAAAUAUUUUGCCGUGGCGGAGAAAGGACACAAACCAAACAUUAUCCUUUAUGAAUUUCCAUCGCUAAAACCGUUCCGGAUUCUCAGGGGUGGUACAGAAGAAGCCUAUGCCUUUAUAGACUUUAAUAUGUCUGGGACUCUCCUGGCCAGUGUGGGGAGCAGCCCAGAUUACAUGCUGACUAUAUGGGACUGGAAACAGGAGAAGAUCAUGCUGAGGUCGAAGGCUUUUUCCCAGGAUGUCUUCCAGGUCACCUUCUCUCCAGAGAAUGAGGAACAGUUGACCACCUGUGGGACAGGACACAUCAGAUUUUGGAAAAUGGCACGCACGUUUACUGGUCUAAAGCUUCAAGGAGAACUUGGAAGAUUUGGAAAGACUGCACUUACUGAUAUAGAGGGAUAUGUGGAA